AGUUCAAGUUGAGCUAUCGUCGCGAGUGUGUCAUAUACAUUUUUGUUUGUGAAUUCCAAAAUUUUGUUAUUUAAAAGAAUUUGGGGAGUUUUUCAUAUUUGUUUUUUUCUUCAUUGCAAAAAAAAGAAGAAUUAAGCGGAACAUUGUUCUGUUACGUAAAAAUCAAUAGGAGAAUUGUUUUUUGUUUUUAUGAUUGACCGUAAAAGAGGACAUUGGAAUUUAUGGAAGUGAAGUUUUGAUAAAACAGCAAAUUAACUGCUACAUUUGAAGUAUAACUCCGGGUAUAAAUAAAGUUUUUUUUUAUCACUGAUUGUCGGCCGUGCAUUAGUCAGUGAUUCAAGGAAAAAUAUAAUUUGACUUUAAAACUUUGAGGGAUAACGGUUUUCGUUUGUGUUUGCAGUGCCCGAUAUAAGUGAGGUGUAUCGUGCUCGGUUUGAGGUUGCAAACGUUUCUGCAUACCAUUGCUGUGUAUUUUUUUUGAUUUACCUAAGAAAAAAUUGAUUGAGCCAUAUCGUGGGCAUUUUACAGUUUUUUUUGUGAGUUGUUGUUUUUUUUCAUUCAUCUGUUUCUGUGCAAUAUAAAAUAUUUCACAAGCCACAACAUCACAAAUGGAUUAAUUGGAUACAUCGCAAUAGGAUUAAUUAUAUAUAGUCUCGAAAAUCGAUGUGAUUCAAUGCAGCUCAACGAUUUCGUAUUCAUUGUCGUGUGUUGAAGAGGAGGUGGUAGGUGGCAUAUAGUUAUGGAUCCAAUCGGAUUUGACGACGAUCCACCGCCAGAGCCACGCGAUGGGUGGCUCUUGGUACGAAUUCAUGUCCCCGAAUUGAACGUAUACAAAUGUCUUCAAUUUCCAUCGGAACGACUAGUCUGGGAUGUUAAACAACAAGUCUUAGCAUCGUUGCCAAAGGAAUUGAAAGAAAGCUUUAACUACGGUCUAUUUUGUCCACCAUCCAAUGGAAAGGCGGGCAAAUUUUUGGAUGAGGAAAGAAGAUUGGGGGAUUAUCCAUUCAAUGGUCCUGUUGGCUACUUAGAGCUCAAAUAUAAACGACGGGUCUACAAGAUGCUCAAUUUGGACGAAAAGCAAUUAAAAGCCCUGCAUACAAGAGCAAAUUUAAGGCGUUUUCUCGAAUGUGUUAACGGCAGUCAUGUUGAAAAAAUUGCCAAAAUGUGUGCUAAAGGGCUGGACCCGAACUUCCACUGUCCAGAAACUGGUGACACACCACUCACUCUAGCUACUGGCACCAAAAAACCCAAUAAACUUCUAAUCGCUUUAGUUAAUGGUGGAGCGUUGCUUGAUUAUCGGAAUAGGGUUGGUGAAACUGCACUUCACAAGGCUGUAGAAAAAGACUGUCUCGAAGCUGUAACAACUCUUCUGGAACUUGGCGCAUCCCCCAACUACAAGGAUGCUCGGGGUUUAACCCCUCUUUAUUUGUCAGUAACAAAGAAAACCGAUUCGAAAAUAUGUGAAAGUUUGCUGCAUGAUCACGGCACGUUGGGAACACAGGAUACGCAAGGAUGGCAAGAAGUGCAUCAGGCGUGCCGACAUGGUCUUGUUCAACAUCUGGAACAUUUACUGUUCUAUGGUGCUGAUAUGGAUAGUCGUAAUGCUUCCGGUAAUACUCCACUGCAUGUCUGUGCUGUUAACAACCAAGAAGCUUGUGCUAGAAUGUUACUAUUUCGUGGCGCCCAACGUGGGGCACUUAAUUAUGCCAAUCAAACUCCUUAUCAGGUUGCUGUUAUAGCUGGAAACUUAGAGCUGGCAGAAAUGAUCCAGAACUAUAAAGCAGAAGAUAUCGUCCCAUUUCGAGUUCCCCCAAGAUACAACCCCAGACGUAGGUCUGGCAUUGGAUGGGGGACCACAAUAUCGACACGUGGUCCUCCAUCACCGUGUCCAUCCGAGCAUCCGUUCAGUUCAGCCAGUUCGAGUUUAUCAGAAGGUUCGUCCGGUCAUCGUAGCCAUGAAGAUGACAUCAGUAUUGUAACAGGUCUCCUUUAUCCCAUAGAUAAAAGUAUUGGCGACACAAGUGAUAUAAUUAGUGAUUCGAGUGGUGUCGGUACUAAUUCCGACAGCGCUGCUUGUUCGAUUGGUCAUCCGAGCACGACUGUAGUGUGCAUGGAACCAUACCAAGGCACCUCGCUGGGACAUUUGUCCAUACAUCCUGGAGAAGUUAUCGAAGUUGUCGGCUCAACAGAUUGUGGCCUUCUCGAAGGCUACGUACGCGGAGUUAAUCGCUCCGGUUUCUUUCCGGCGCAUUGUGUGCAAGAAGUCAACAUUCGACAGAAAAAUAUUACAAAUGUUUCGAUUUCUAUGCCCUCUUACCGCAAUGAGAACAGCGAGAUGGAGAAACAGCAGCUGCAACAACCGGAUCAGUAUGUUCCGUCGCAAUAUAACAGCUCAACAGGACCCCGAAUUAAGAAAAAUGGAAUAUCGGACGCAAGGACAGUUAUUCUACAUCGUGCCAAAAGAGGAUUUGGAUUCGUGUUACGUGGUGCCAAGGCGGCGUCACCCUUGAUGCAACUUAAACCGUCUGAUCGUUGUCCAGGACUUCAGUAUUUGGACGAUGUGGAUCCGGGUGGUGUUGCCGAUCUAUCUGGUUUAAAACCCGGUGACUUUUUAUUGGAAAUAAAUGGUGAAGAUGUUCGGUGUGCAUCGCAUGAACACGUUGUCGACCUGAUCCGUACGUCCGGAUCACUUGUUUCCAUGACAGUUGUGUCGCAGAGCUAUCCGAACAACUUUCAGCAGCAGGUGCAAUCUCAUCAACAAGCUUUUGCUACCCCAUCAUCUGGUCGUCAGUGUGCUACAUUACCUAGAAAAAUGCCUUUCGGUCCAGGCAAAAUGCCUGCACCAAUGCCACCGCGACGUGAUCCAAAGACGACACUAAGUGUAGGAAGAGCACGAGCUAAAUCUAUGGUUGCUGGUCUAGAAGGCAGCGGUGACAAAGACGAUGACGACGAGUUGACCGGAACCAAUAAAUCUAGUUCCGCUGAAUCAAUCCACCAGCAGUCUCUUUCGGCAGCCUCAACGCCAACACAAGCAGGUCCUGGAACACCGACACAACCGCGAACCGCUAGUAUUAAAGCACGGCCAACAUCAAGUCGAAUUACUGCUGCCGAAUUAGAAGAACUGUUCCAAAGACAGCAGGGAGAAACGAAUAAUGGAAACAGAUAUUCAACCAUGAUGAGUAGUUCUAGAUUCCAAUCUGGAACGGAUAGCGGAGCUGCCACACCUCCAUUAUCUCCACAGAAGGGACCAAUAGUUUAUGCUAGUGUGGCUGAUAUGAAACGAAAGAAAACCAAAAACGGAACCCUUCGUGGAAAGCCGUGUGAAAUUCCACAGGUCAACUCUGAUUUAAAACGAACAUUCCACAGUACGCCGGAUCUACAAACGGCAAUCAACACAUCAUCAUCAUCGAUUUGGUCUAAUACGAUUGGUGUGAAAGGACAUCGUUCACAAGAUGACAUGUAUGCAAUACAACGAUUAAAUCUACCUCCACCCACACAUCCACCUCCUCCUCCUCCUGUUGUUGGACAAGUUGUCAAAGUUGACGUGUCCAGAGGAUCGGAAUAUGAAAGUACUGCGAAAUUGCAGCAGAAACUUAGAGCGGCCAGUAUUGCUACUGACGAUCCGAAUGAAGUUCGAUCGAGUUUCAAGCCGGCGACAAAUGCCAAAUUGUACGCUUCACCACAAGAUCUACGGAAUCUUGGGUAUCAUCCUAAGGCUGAACAAACUACUGCUCCUCGUCAGAUCCGAAAGACAUCUUCUCUUCGUGGAACGACAAAUGUAACGAACAAUGGAAAUCAAUAUGCUCAACCUAUCCGCGGAGGCUUACAACAACGAUCCAACACUAUUCCUGCAAAACUUUCUGCACCUCCGAUUCCAGAUCCAGACUACAGUCUCAGUGAAUCUGAAGGUGAAGAUGAAAAUUCCGUUCUCGUGGCUCAUAAUACCAAAAUGAACGAGCAUAUAGCCCUUAUGCCAUCCGAAAGUAGCGGCAAUAGCAACACAAGUGGCAGCAGUACUGGUUCCAGCUCAAUUCCACAUUCCUUUUCCGUCGACGAAAUUCAGAAAAUGCGCGUAAAAUUAAAAUCUUCAAAAUCCUAUCCCAACGAAUUGCUCCGACAAGAUUGUCACAUCAUUCGACCGGCCGAACACAAUGAAGAAGGCGACAAUUCAUCGUCAGGAGUCAGCAGCGACCAAGAAGUAACCAUUACCACCAAUGAUACUCACACCAAAACCAUCAUAGAGCUUAAGAAACCCGUUACAUUACCCGUCCUGACCAAUCUGAAGAAAACGACCAUCAUCAACGACAAGGACGAACGGAGCGAUGAAGAUGACAGUCCUAGUCCACCAGCAAAAGGUUUCCAACGCCACAAUUCGCUGACCCGUAAACAGGCAGCAACGAUUGCAAUGAACCGGGCUAUGCAGUCGCGCAAUGCUGUAUCAUUAGUUAAAUUACCACCGCCAAUGGAAACGGAAAUGGAAGUUGAUCCGGUGGCCAUACCGCCGCCACCACAAUUUUGUGAUUGCUUGAAUGCCAAAUCAGACUCGAAUAAGAAUGCAACGAGAGGUGUUCGUAUUGUCGGAGCUGUACCGAAGGUAAAUAAAACGAACAUUUAGUCAGUAAGAGUGUUGCGUUGUGGUUUUUAUUGUUUUUGGCACUUUUGUUUUUCAUUUAUUUGUUUCGCUGUUCGAAUGUUAACAAACAAUCAAAACUCCCAAAUAGUAUAAAGGACAAAAAUGUGUUUGGCAAAUAAAAUUUCAAGUAAACAAAUGUUGCCGACGAGUUUUGAAAUUACGUUGAGAUUGUCCUUUUUACGUGCAAUAUUUUCUGUGUGUUUUUUUUAAAGACAAAUGCUUUUGUAAAUAGUCCAUCACUUCAUGAGUUUAUUUGUUGUGUUUAACAUGAUUCUGUAUUUCAAAUGCACUGUAGCUAGAGCGUUUUACACAUUGUGUAGUACACAAGAGCCUCACUUUUUUUUUCGGCUGAAUCAUCAGAGCCUUUCAAUUUUUUGUGUGCCCAUCAGACCUAUUUUAUAAGAAUGUUUCAGGUAGGAAUCAUCCGCAUCGCUCAUUUAUUCCUCUAUUAUUCAAAUGUUGCCAAUUUAAAAUUUCCAUUAUAUUUUCGUGUUUCCGGUUAAAAAUCUAGUCUCACAAUGGCAGCACAUUCAUUUCCAAAAUUAGAAAUUUAUUGUAAAUUUAAAAAUUAAUUUUCCUAAUGACUUACACCCGAUUUGGUACACCAUUUUUCACACUUAUCAAAUUCGAAAAUUUUUAAUUUACAACAAACCAAGCUAACGUUCGACGUUCUAUUCCAUUCCAAAGGUUCCACUCGCGGACGUCUUUAAAAUUUUUAAGUACUAGAUUUGGCAUGUAUUUUCACAACGUGCACAUGGUGCACGUUUAACUAAAUCUUUUGCUUUCAGGCCAAUACAUUUUAAACGAAUAAUAUUUGUGGGUUAAAAAGCAUUGAAUCAAAAGAAAACUUUCCAAAAAGUUUAAUGUAUUGAGUAUUGGGUGUAUUGCCACUGAAACGUCACUCAAAUAUUUCUCCCGUAAUGUGUAUCUAUUUUGACUAUCCUGCGUGUCUAUUAGUCGAUAGAGGGAAUACCAUUUACCAACCGAGUAAGAACAGAAUUUGUAAUUAAAGCUUAGCGAUUGAAUACUCGAUUCCAAUAUAAUUUUGCCUUACAUGCUUGCGAGUCCAUGAACUUUCCACGGCCUUACCAUGUAAUAAUACAAUACGUAACUCGGCAGUAAAAUGAAAAGUAACGUUGAUUUGUAAUUAUUGACCUCGGCUUCGCCUCGGAUCAACAAAAUUUCACGCGUAACCUUUACUUUUCACUUUUCUGCACAAGUUAUGUAUAAGUUAUGCAAUGUUCUCGUAAUCCUUUGAAUGCAAAUGAAAAGUACACGCCGAUAUUGAAACAAUAUCCCAGUUUAGGACAAUCAUCUUUCCAUUGACUUAGCAUUUUAAUUGUUACGAUUUUACCAGCAGCUUGUAAUCCGAUUGUAAUUAACUUUUGAUGUAAAUAAUCUCAUCACUAUUUUUGUGUGCUUAGUACAAUGUAAUGGUUUUUAUCGUUUUUCUUGUUAUAAAAAUAAGAACAAUUUUUGAACUGAUGAACUGAUCCAUUUAAUUUUCUCUCCA